AUGCUCUUUACGGCGGGUGGGGUUUUGUUUGCCGAGGGCGGUUUCGGAGCGUUUACCCGCGCGGCCGCCGUCGCCGCGCAGAGCCGCGAACGUGCCAGUCGCGCGCCGGCCGCUAAACCGCGAAUUCGGCGGGAAACUUCCCGCCGUCAACGCGACAAAAUAUUUUCAGACGCUAAUAAGCUGGCGAGCAGUGGCGGCGGCGGGCGCAGCCUGUUCUGCUACCACUGCCCGCCGAGCCUACCGCCGCACCAGCACCGUCUUCCAACACUCGAGUACCCCUUCACCGCUUCUCAUCCAUAUGCAAGCUACUCGUACCAUCCGGCGAUACACGAUGAUACGUUCGUACGUCGGAAACAGCGGCGCAAUCGCACCACAUUCACAUUGCAGCAGCUGGAGGAAUUGGAAACAGCGUUUGCGCAGACGCACUACCCUGACGUGUUUACACGGGAGGACCUUGCUUUGAAGAUCAAUCUCACUGAAGCUAGAGUUCAGGUGUGGUUCCAAAACCGGCGAGCGAAAUGGCGUAAAGCAGAGAGGUUAAAAGAGGAACAGAGGAAGAGGGAGGGCGCUGAAGUCCUUACGAAGAGGGACCCCAGUGAUGACAAGGGCUCAUCAGAAUGCGGAAUGUCGCGGGGCUCAGGAGAGGGGUCUCCCGUCUCAGCGACGUCCCCUCGCGCUUCCCCGCCCGUCACCCCCGGCUCGCCACGCCGUUCGCCGCUCCGUUCGCCUAGUCGCCGUUCACCUAAUCGGUCUCCAAGGUUGGAAAGAUCGGAGCCGAGUUGUACCUCGCCAGCGCCGUCUGUUGGCAGUGCCGGCUCCAGAGAGGCCCCCGUCGAACAACGGCCGCCUCAUCAUCUGUUCUCACCUUUCGACCACUCGGGCGCGUUUCGCUCGUCUCCCGGCAGUGGCGUCAACGAAUCGCCAUCGAGCGCCCCUCCACCGCUGUUCCUGCCACCGCACCUGUCUCACCUCUCGCAGCAUCUAAACCACUUGUCACAGCCAUUCUUCCCUUUGAAAAGCUGGGGUGCGCCCUGUCCGUGCUGUCCGAAAGAAGAAGCGCGAUCAACGAGCGUAGCGGAACUCCGGCGCAAGGCUCACGAGCACUCCGCCGCCCUGUUACAUUCCCUGGCCAGCUUCCAAUCCAGGGCGCUACUGCCGCUCCAGCUGCCUCUGCCGCCGUUACCGCUGUCGCUACUACCGCAUGAUGCGCCAGCGCCGCCGCAGCCGCAUUCGGAGCCGCCUAAACACCUUGAAUAGACUAGUCGCUACUAGUAGCUAUGUAGUUGUCAAACAUGCCAUCAGUAUAAUAAAUUUCGAAAAUAAAUAGUGAAGUCCAAUAAAUAACGCCCUAUUUAAAUCACACUAUUUGGGUAAUUUUCACAAGAAACCUUAUACAAUGCUAGUAAUAUCCACUUUACGAUACGAUAAAGAUGUCAAGAACAGUUGAUGGAAAAGGGCGAAUUAAGACAGACGAUGAAACAUUUAUUGCCUAACCAUUCCUUAUUAUUUAUUUAGAUUAAACGAAAUAGGUAGGUAUAUAAAUGUAUUUAACUAGUGCCACCCUCAUUCCUUUAAUUAAGGGUGAAAAGUCUACUAAUUUUCAGCAUGGACGACAAGUGUGCUGAAUAAUGGGGUUAUUAUCCAUACGCCGCUCUCAUUUACUUUUAAAUACACUUCAUUUUAAAGUAUUCUAAUAUAAAACAGUGAGUUCAUGAGUGCCAUACAAAACGUGCCAAAUUGCUUUGUGCCAUAAAAAUAUUUUUUAACUAAUUUUAAACCAUGUCUUUUGGUACUUUAUUUGUAAUUUACUUUGUAAAUAGCACCAUGGCAGUAUUCGACCAAAACUGUUGUGAAUAUUCCUGAAUAUAGUAGCAAUAAGUUUGUAUAUAGGAUCGUUUUAAAUAUAUUUAGGGCCAUUUUCCUGUCACACGGAUUACGUGUGUAUACAUGCUAGUUACUUUACAAAUGCCAGUGGGAUGAUUCACGUAAUCAAACCGUUACGAUAUAGUAGUGAUUUAGUCGUUGAACUGCUUUUUCGUAUUUACGUGCGACUGAGAACGUCAACGAGUCCAGUUUUAAAGUCGUUCGAUCCAAAUGUCGUUAAAGCGU